UGCAAGGAGUUCAUUCUUUGUUAACUAUAUCAUCUUCGUGUGAAAUUAAAUAAUUGGGCGAGUUUCACCAAAUUUGUUAGGAACAGUAAUGCACAAGAAAAUAAUAGGAAAUUUGAUUAGAGUCCAAUCAAUGGUUUAACAAAAGCAAACGGUAGAUGAAUGAAUGGAUAAAGAAGAAUGAGCAGUGAGAUGGUUGAGAUGUUCUUCUGGAGCGAAAGCAGCAGUAACCCUAAUUCGAUCCAAUUUCUGCAAAACCAAUCCAAUAAUAAUAAUAAUAAUAAUAAUCUGGUACUCCUUUCUGGCCCUCCUUCAAGUGGGAAAACCUCUUUGAUUUUCCAGUUUGCAUUCAACGUCGCAUUACACUCUUCCAAUUCAAAUGUCAUCUUCAUUUGCAACCGCCACAGGUUCGAUUCCAAACCCCCUUUUCUCUCUCAGGGCAUUGAUCCAUCUUCUGAUGUCUUCCACCGUAUUCAAAUGAAGUAUGUGAAUGAUGAUCAGGAUAUCAGGAACUUCUUUGCUGCCUUCCACCUGUUUGAUACUUUGCCUGCUGCUCUUGUUAUCGACGAUUUCGGACAUUUCUUUGACAACAAGAGUUGCCAACAUCGUUAUUCUAAUUCUCGAGGAAGAGAAUUAGCAAUGGUCAAGACUCUAGCCUUAUGCCACAAUGCAAUCACUUAUGCAAAUCAAAAAAGUUCUUGCAAGCUUGUCCUAUCUGCUACUCUUACACACCAUGGUGAUUCCCCAAGGUUUCAAUUCAUCUACAGCAAAUGGGUACACACCACUUUUACCAUUAAAGAAGGGGAUGUAUGGGGAUCAUUUAUUCUGAAAGAGAAGAAUAGCAACACAGGUAAGAAUAAAGCUGCAAAAUAUUCCAUAGCUCUUCAGUAUCUGGCCUUAGAUGAAAUUGUAGAAGAUCAAAUAGAAUAGCACAUAGGUUACGUUAUUUGUAUUCAUUUUUGUUUAAAAAUUAUUAAAUGGUUGUAGGAUCAUAUGAGAUGGGCUUAUACCCAUUCAACAGUUAAAAAAAAUGUUAACUAUGUGUACGAGAUAAAAUGAGUAUAUUUACCUGUUCAACAGUUACAAGUGAUUGAUGAGCUAUGCUGUGUCAAUACAGUUAUGUCUAUAAUUCGUUACACUGAACUUGGAUAUCCUGCAUGUUCAAUGAAACCCUGUGAGUGUGAAAGAAACAAUAGUAGGUGUUUAAGCAGUACUUAUCAGUUAUCAGAUAUUCAGAUUAGCAAUUUUGAUUAAUUCUUCAAUUUGAUCAACAGAAUUUCUACGAAAAUCUUAGGGUUUGCUAAGAGUGUGCUACACUGCCCAGAUUUUAGUUACUAGAGAGUUUUCAGACACAAUUGGCAAGUGACAACUUCAGGUCAACCUGUUUUAAUGUCUCCGUUGGAUUUCUUAUUUCUCAAACUCAGGGGCCAUGCUAAGAA